AAUACUGAUACAAUGAAUAUCCAUCAUGGCCACCUUUACUGACCAGAGACUCGAUACUAACCUUAAUCCGAUGUUUACACACAGCACUGAGAACGUCUCGUUAACCAGUCUUCGAUACGACGACGUCUCUCUGUCCGAAGCAUUGGCCCCUGAUCCGCAAUAUGAGAGUGACUUUGAAGUCGUUGACAACAAGUUUGCAUUUUCACCCGGACAGCUGAACAAGUUGCUGAAUCCUAAAUCCCUCGCUGCCUUCCAUGCUUUAGGAGGCCUUAGGGGUCUAGAGAUUGGGCUUCAAACUGACCUUGUGGCCGGACUUUCUGUGGACGAGAACAGGAUUUCGGAAUCCAUAACAUUCGACGAUGCCACAAAGUGUGCCUUCACGAAGCUAGAUAGCCAGCCGCAACUAUUGAAUGCUGAUAGCCAGACGCCUAUUGUGCAAAGCUCCUCAUCCCAGUUCUUCGACAGAUAUCGGAUCUUUGGUCGCAAUGCAUUACCAGAACCCAGAAGGAAACAUUUUCUCAAGCUACUCUGGGAUGCGUAUAAUGAUAGGAUCAUUAUCCUGUUAACUAUUGCGGCUGUUAUAUCACUAUCGCUGGGGAUAUACGAAGCAGCUAGCGGACAAUCUCAGGUAGAUUGGAUUGAGGGUGUGGCGGUAUGUGUCGCUAUUAUUAUAGUGGUGGCGGCCACAGCCGGCAAUGACUGGCAGAAAGAGAGGCAGUUUGCCAAGUUAAACAGACGAAAAAUUGACCGCGAUGUUCGAGCGAUCCGCUCAGGACGGCCACUUAUGGUACACAUCUCCAACAUCACAGUCGGUGACGUCCUGCACAUUGAACCUGGGGAUUCCCCACCGGCCGAUGGGGUUAUCAUAUCUGGUCACGGAAUCAAAUGCGACGAGUCGUCCGCGACAGGUGAAUCUGACCACAUGGAAAAGGCCACUGGUCAUGAAGUAUGGAGUAGCAUCAUCGACGGAACUGCUACUAGGGAGCUAGAUCCGUUUAUCAUUUCCGGAAGUAAGGUGCUUGAAGGGGUGGGAACAUAUUUGGUUACUAGUGUUGGUUGCUAUUCCACUAAUGGAAGGAUUAUGGCAUCUCUGCAAACAGAAAGUGAACCAACACCCCUUCAGGUCAAGCUGGCUAGAUUGGCAGGGUGGAUAGGAUGGCUUGGAACAAGUGCUGCUUUGCUCCUUUUCUUUGUCCUUUUGAUCCGGUUCUUAGUGCAACUACCUGAUAACGAUGCUUCCCCAAGUGUGAAAGGCCAAGAAUUCAUGGAUAUCCUUAUUGUCGCUGUUACAGUUAUUGUGGUUGCUAUACCUGAGGGACUACCCUUGGCUGUGACUCUUGCCUUGGCUUUCGCUACGACUCGUAUGCUCAAAGAGAACAACCUUGUCCGAGUUCUGCGUGCGUGUGAGACUAUGGGCAAUGCUACCGUGAUAUGCUCUGAUAAGACUGGAACACUUACGCAGAACAAGAUGACGGUGGUGGUGGGGUUACUUGGUGCUAAUGAAUGUUUUGACCAGCAGCCAACCGAGAAUGGCAACCCGUCGACGUCUCCUACAAUACUGGAGACACUAGAAUUAUUUCCUACUAUCUUCAAACAGUUGCUGGUUGACAGUGUCGCCUUAAAUUCGACAGCCUUCGAGGAGGAGCAAGACGGUGGACGUGAAUUUGUUGGAAGCAAGACAGAAAUAGCCCUUCUUCAGCUUGCAAAAGACUAUCUACAUAUGACUGAUCUCACUGAGGAGCGAGCGAAUGCCCAUAUUGAACAUAUAUUUCCCUUUGAUUCUAGUCGCAAGGCAAUGGGGGUUGUCUAUCGUGCUGGACCAACUGGAUAUCGUUUGCUUGUUAAGGGGGCGUCCGAGGUCAUACUCAACGCAUCAACUCGGACAGUAACUACGGGGCCAUCUUUCGCAAAUCAGAUAGUGACAAAACCCAUUUCUGAUGGCAUUCGUCAAGCAAUCUUGGACACUAUUGAUGGCUAUGCGCGGAAAUCCCUACGCACAAUUGGGGUCGUCUACACUGAUCUCUUAGACUGGCCUACCAGUCUCAAUGGAGAUAGCGAAAAGGGCUUUCCCGACUUUGAGUCAUUACUUCGAGAUAUGACGUGGGUUGGGGCCUUUGGAAUCCACGACCCGUUGAGACCUGAAGUCUCUGGAGCAAUCAAGGCAUGCCAUUCAGCAGGCGUCCAAGUUAAAAUGGUCACAGGUGAUAAUAUAAAUACAGCCUCGGCCAUUGCGUCCUCCUGUGGAAUCAAGAAUAGUGACGGCAUUGUUAUGGAGGGCCCGGAGUUCCGAAAAUUGACAGAGAAGGAGAUGGAUGCUAUUGUUCCACGGCUGCAGGUGCUGGCUCGCUCGUCACCCGAUGACAAACGUAUGCUCGUCAAGCAUCUAAAACGUCUUGGUGAAACGGUUGCAGUAACAGGCGACGGGACAAACGACGGACCUGCUUUGACAUCCGCCGAUGUAGGUUUUUCAAUGGGCAUCAGUGGAACGGAAUUAGCGCGUGAGGCGAGUUCUAUCAUCCUUUUGGAUGAUAACUUUAAGUCUAUCGUGACGGCUAUGGCAUGGGGUCGGGCCGUUAAUGAUGCUGUCUCUAAGUUCUUGCAGUUCCAAAUAACUGUCAACAUCACUGCUGUCUGCCUCACAGUGGUAACAGCAAUCUACAGCAACUCCAAUGAAAGUGUGCUAAAGGCCGUCCAGUUACUGUGGGUUAACCUGAUCAUGGAUACUUUCGCUGCUUUAGCGCUAGCAACCGAUGCCCCAACCGAGAAAAUACUACAACGGCCUCCAGUUUCAAGGAAGGCUCCUUUAUUCACAGUCACCAUGUGGAAGAUGAUAAUCGGGCAAUCGAUAUACAAACUGGCCGUCUGUUUCACCCUGUACUUCGCGGGUGAUCGUAUCCUGGGUUACGACACCCGCAUCCACCAAAAGCAAGUCGAGCUCGACACAAUAAUUUUCAAUACUUUCGUUUGGAUGCAGAUAUUCAAUGAACUCAAUAACCGCCGCCUAGACAACAAGUUCAAUAUAUUCGAAGGCGUCCACCGGAAUUACUGGUUUAUGGGAAUCAAUGUGUUGAUGGUCGGUGGGCAAAUCCUCAUCAUCUUCGUUGGAGGCGCUGCUUUCAGCGUCACGCCGCUGGAUGGUGUUCAGUGGGCUAUAUGUAUUGGAUUCUCAAUCUUUUGCAUACCGUGGGCUGCUGUGCUAAAGCUCCUUCCGGAUCGUUAUGUUGCGGUUGUGCUGGAUAUCUCCGUGAAAGCGAUAACUUUACUGCUCUAUCCUUUUAGGAAGCUAUAUCAGGUCAUUACUCGUGGUUUCUCCAUAUUGGGGAAGGCAGUUGGUGCACAAUGGCAAACUAUUAAGUCCAUCUUAGUGCGCACAGGGAAGAAUAGCAGAUCCGGUGGCGAUGAAGAAAAGGGUGAAAGUGCCAGAAAGUUGUGACUGCAAUCAAUCAUUUCUAUGUGGAUGCCCAGGUAGAUGAACCCCUGUCCCCUCCCAUCUCAUCUUUCGUUUCCUCACAUUUUCCCUAUAAUGAACAUGUCUACUCUGUGAGCUAUAAAUAUCUGUAUAUAACUCUCGCAUCAGAGCAUUCGAGGGCAUGCCACCAAAACGUCCCAAUUCAACACUUAAUAUGCAACUGCC